AUGUCUUCAUUAUUGUCAUGCCAAAAUAACCAAUACUCUUUAUUUUAAGGAGUUGGAACCAUAAAUUGUCAAAGCUCUACAUGUGGGUAGUUCUCUGCAUGCAAUAGCUUGGUUUUAUCAGGCAAACCCACUGGCUAAGUAGGCUGUUGUAGAGAAGGAGUCUUGUAUCCGAAUGCAGUUUCUAUUAUAGUUUAUAUUCUAAUUAUUCCAAUUAUUGGAAUUGGCAGUCUUGGAGCUUUGGGAGGUGAUCAUAAUAUUAAAUUCAUUAGGUGGCGUUGUAAAAAGACCCUUUUUAGAGGCCAUUCUAAAUUUCAAUUCCUCUACUUCUGGAGACAUCACUGCUUGUCUUAUGUUUGGUGCAUAAUUAGUGAAUCAAGUCAUAAUCUUUUUUUAAAGGUAUUUAAAAAUAUUCUAUGUUUGUAGUCAUCCUGAAUCUCCUGAACGUCCUUUGGUUAAUUUUGAGAUAGGAUUAAUCUAUGCUUUAGGGAUACCAAUAUCAAUGUAGGUUGGAAUGGAAUUGGCAAACUACCUACCUCUUUUGCCUUUGUUGACACUAUAAAUGCUUUUUUUCAUAAUUAUUUGCCCAGUACUUUUAUAUUUCGCAAAAUCUGAACAAAAAAUUGAAAAUAAUAAAGAGGUUAAUAAUGAAAUGCAGUAAUCUUCCAUCAUCACAAUAGAGCAAUAGGUCAAGGGCAACAUAAUUGAAGAGCAAAGAAUGGCUGAAUUAUUUAAACAGCUUCAAGAAGAAUCAAAUUCAAGAUUUCCAUUAUUGCCUAUCCUUUUAGCAUUUGGAAAUUUUGCAGUGAAUGAAUUGAUAAUUUUACUAAGGACAACAUCAUACUAAACAUCACCAUAUUUUUAUCCAAAUGAUUAAAAUUUUGGUAAUAAGUAUUCUGCUUGUGAACCUUGGAAUUUUUAUAUGAUGAUUCUCUUGUUUGGAGUUAAUUUAAUAAUCACCCUUUGGGUACUCUUUUAUAUGCGUAAAAAAGAACUUCUUAAAAAUACUGUGAAUUUUAAUAUGAAUGAACGUUACUACACACCAAUAUCUAGAUUUUUUAUGAUUUAUGGUGCUGGUUGGGCUACAGGAUUUAUAGCUGGAUUCUUAGGAAUGGCAGCUGGAUUAACUAUGUUUGUAACUAUGAUAGAAUUUGGCUUAGUUGCUGCAGCUGCUGGAGCUACAGCAAAUUAUGGAUAUUUUAUUAUAUGUUUGCAAGUUUUUAUUUCUUUCGUAGUUGGAGAAUAUUAGGAUUUGAGUUUAACAGUCGGUUAUCAAUUUUUCUUUUAUGGAAUAUCUGUAUUUAUUUAUAUUUAUAUUUUAAGGCUAUUGGAGUUUUGAUUUUUACUAAUUUAGGAUAUUAUAUGAUUAAAAAGUACAAUGUAGGACAUGUCUUAUUUUAUAUUGACUUUGCUUUGGUUUUACUCAAUAUGAUUGGUAAUAUUGCCUGGGGUAUAGAAUAAUCUGAAAGAUUUUCAUAUCAUUCUUUGGUAUACAAUCCACAGAGUUGUACAGCUUAAAUUUUAAGCAAAAGCUCAGUGCAAUGA